AUGGCGUCCAGAAGCAGUCUAUCAUAUGCACAAAGAGCAGAAGAGCAUCGCAGCCCGCUGGUGAAAAAGCUUUUCGCCAUUGCCGAGAGGAAAAAAACCAACAUCGUCCUCUCGGCCGACUUGACAACCACCAACGAACUCCUUGACAUUGCUGACCGUCUAGGACCAUAUAUCGCCGUCCUCAAAACACACAUCGAUAUUGUUUCCGAUUUUGGCACGAGCACCAUUGACGGACUUACCCAGCUGGCCCAACGUCACGACUUUCUUCUGUUCGAGGAUCGAAAGUUCAUCGAUAUUGGCAACACCGUACAGAAGCAAUACAAAGGGGGUGCGUUACGGAUCCACGACUGGGCUCACAUCAUCAAUGCCAGCAUCCUUGCUGGAGAGGGCAUCAUACAGGCCCUGGACCAGACCAUCUGUGAUGCCGGUGUGUCGGAACGAGGCAUUCUGAUUUUGGCCGAAAUGACCUCAAAGGGUUCCCUGGCUGUAGGCGAGUAUACGCGAGCGUCGGUCGAGAUCGCACGAAAGUAUCCCCAGAGUGUGCUCGGCUUUGUGUCAACCAAGGAACUAUCAAGCCACUCCCCUGCCGCCAGUCCGAAUGAAGAUUUCGUGGUCUUCACUACCGGCGUCAACCUCUCGAGCAAGGGAGAUGCCCUCGGCCAACAAUACCAGACCCCAACAAUGGCUAUGGCAGGAGGCUCCGACUUUCUUAUCGCAGGGAGAGGCAUUUAUGCUGCAGCUGAUCCAGUGACAGCCGUGAAGGAAUAUCAGAAGGCCGGAUGGGACGCUUACCAGCAGCGUAUCAGAUCGUCCAGUAAAUAG